UUUGGAUCAAAACAAACAACUAAACAAAAAAGUAAAAGAGGAAAAUGAAAAACGGUAGUUUGGGUAGCGGGGGGCCUGCCUAUAAAUACUAGUAGUCCAUCUUCAGCUGCAUAUAACCAUAAACAUUCUCAGAAAAACACAAUAAAUUGCAACUCCACAUUAUUUUGAAUCCUUUUGUUGUGAAGAAGAUGAGCGGGAAGAGGAUGAGUAGUGGUGCCACGCACACUCUCCUGUUGAUGAUGAUUUUUCAGUUUCAGUUGGGUCACGGCAUCUGGGUUCCUACUGGGACUACUUAUACUGUGGAUUGGUCAAGUGCUGAUGCUGUAAAAAGCUGGACCGAUGGCAAGAAAUUUUAUGUUGGUGACACCCUUGUUUUCAAGGACCCGAAAUCGGAUGGUGUAUACAUGGUGAGCGCGGGUCAUGAUUACGAGAACUGCGUAACUCAAAAUGGUAAUCAAAUCAACGGUCAAAUAAAGCUUUCGGAAGUACGGAAGUAUUACUUUAUAAGCGGCUAUAAAAGUGAUUGUUCAAGUGGCAUGAAGAUUACCGUCGACGCCCAUCGAAGUCAUUAGCCAGUUAAUUGCGUGGGUGGGUGUGUGCUUUGGAGGUCACUUACAAUGAUACAUGUACUUUCAGACAAUGUAAUAAUAAACACCAAUAAAAUUCAGAAUAAAAGCAAACUUUCUCCAAUUANUUUAG